UGGCUGUUGUUAACUGGAAAAGGUUGUGUUUUUACUUAGCUGCUGCUGGUAGUGCUGACGCUGUCGUUGCCUCCAGUAUUUUAUACACUCUUACUUUAGACGUAGCCGUGUGAUCGUGUUCAAAAUUAACUGACGUCUUCUAACAUCUAAUAGUCAUAUCAAGCGUACAUAGUAGUACCAAACAACUGUCAUUUUAUUCAUUCGUUCGUACGUACGUUGUUUUUGCAUUUGUAUUCAAGAAUAUCUAGUUGUUGUUGUUGUUGUUGUUUUGACGACAGCAAUCGCAGUGAAAAGUGUUUAUUUUACUUGUAGUCUCUUGUGUAUAAAUUGAGUUUGAGUCAAUUACAACAAUAUGGAAGCGAAUUAUACGCCGCACAUUUAUAAUGAAUACAAAACACGCAAUAUUUUAAGUCUGGCCGAUCGUGUCGAAGUCAUACGCGAAUACGAUAGUCAUCUAACACGACCGAGUCUUCAAAGCUUGGCCCAGAAAUUCGAAUGUAGUUCGAAACAAAUUAAAAAUAUUCUUUUAAAUCGUGAAACAAUUUUACAGCAAUACAAUAGCGGUGAAACGGGUCCACAAAAAGAAUCACCCGGUCGUGAUGAUGGCUUACAAAAGAGACAAGAAAAGAUUGCCUUUCUGGGUAAAGUUAUGUAUGAAUACAUACAAAGAGUAUUAUACUACAACUAUAACAUUGAUGAUGAGAAAGUGAGACAGAAAGCUUUACAGAUUAAAGAAUGUAUAGCAGUGGAAAAUUUCCAGCCCACCUAUGCCUGGUUGGAGAAUUUUAAAAUGACUUAUGGUAUACCUGCCUUUGAUUUACAAUCAUUGCGCAAUAAUAUCGUGAUAACAGAAACUAAGCGUCCACAUUUAAGUGCCAUUGAUAUGAUACAAUAUGUCAGUCGCAUGGAACAGGAGGAACAAGAGCAGAAUCGUAGUAAAUCCUUUACAAAACCCGAUAUCAAUGGUAAUGGUCGUUUAAGUUUAGGCAACAACAAAAACCACAGCCACAACAACAACAACAAUCAACUUAAUGGUCUAGAACCCAAGAUUAUCUAUGAAAUUGAAGAUGAAGAACAGGAUGAGGAGUUGCAAAAAUUAAAUUUCUCCGAUUCACCACCCAAAGCUUCUAUACAAAACAAUUCUUCAUCUCCUGCUAUAAAAUAUACCACCAAACGACGAGCUUCUUCUCCAUUUCCCGAUAUUGAAUCUGUGGAUGGGGCUCUUAAACAUAUCAAAGCUUUAGAGGAAUAUGCCAUGCUACAUGAUAACUUUAGAGCUAUAGGUUUAUUAACGCAAUUGGAGCAGAUUUUCAAGAAACAAAUGAAAAAGGAUUGAAGUUUUUCCUCUCUAUAUAAUUUCCUUAAACAAAAACACAUUGUUUUAAAUGUGUUUUUGUUGUUUAUAAUUUAAACAUUCCUUGGAUUUUUUAAAAAUUAUUUAUAUUUAGAAUUAGAUUAUAGUUUUUUUAAUUAAUUUUUAGUCAUUUUAAUGUAUAAGCAUGUAAAUAUAAAUUUUUGAAAUAAAAUGGACUUACCUAUUUGCCCGAAAGUGUAAACUGUAAGUAGAAAAAUAAUAAUUGGA